AUGCUUUGCGUGAUCGGGAGCCGAUGUGUUCUCGUUGAACCAAUUGGGUACCCAGGAUGUCGUCAAGCAAAAUGCAUUCCUCAAGACUGUCCUACUAUAAAAUACUGUCCUUUCGGUGAACGUCUGGUACUUAAAGAGACGGAAUGCAACUAUCCACCUUGUUGUCCUUGUCCCACAUGUGUGGGACCAUAUAUCAAUCCUGGAGGACCAAUGAUACCUGCAGAAGGUUCGGGAAGUAAAUGA